UUUGAAAUCCAAAGAAUUAUUCACCAGAAUGAAUCUUAAUCUUAAUAUUUUCAAUCAUAAACCGAGAACGAAAAAACCAAAACGCUUCACGUCGAUUGCCUCAAGGAAUCGAUGUUGUCAUUUCUGUUCCAAUCAAAAUGGUCGUUAUGAAUGUUCCCAAUGUCAUCGACCAUAUUGUUCAAUUGAUUGUUUUCGUUCACAAACACAUCAAGAUUGUUCGGAACAAUUUUAUAAACGUAUGGUAUUGGAACAAUUAAAAAAUGAUCAUUAUUCGAAUGAUAAAGAAAAAUUUAUGGAAAUUUUACGACGAAAUCAAAAUUCUGCUGAUUAUGUUGAUAUGUUGAAAACAUCAGAUGAUGAUGAUAAUGACGACGAUGAAGUAGAAGAAAUUGAUCUUGAUUGGAUCAAUGAUGAUCGAAUGCAUCAAUUUAUGGAACGUAUAAUGUCCAUUUGUUUAGAUGAUAAUGUUGAUUUAGAAUCCAUUUGGACAGAUCAAUUAACCGAAUCAGAUCGUAAAGAAUUUAUUGAAAUUAUCGAAACAAAUCCCGAUUAUUUUAAUCGAAUAAUACCUAAAUGUCAACCAUGGUGGUUACAAAAAGAAUGGCAAACAAUUGUUGAAGAUAUUGAUAAUGAAAUUGAUUUAGCCGAAAAAACAUACCCGAAAUUAAUUGAUGAUCAAAAAAUUGAACCAAUUUCAAAAUUAUUAUCACAAAAAACUGCAUCACCAUUAUUAAUACAUUCAAUUGUUUCAGUUUGUUUUGCAUAUUGUUAUCUAUAUCGAUCAUAUAAUGGUGAAUUAAUCAUUGAUAAUGAUGGUGAUCAAUGGUUAAUUAUCGAUAAACUUUAUCAUAUUGUUCCGGAAUUACAACCAAAUCGAUCGAUACAAACGGAAAAACCGUUCGAUACAAUCGAAUUAUUAAUAAAUCGAAUGUUAACAAUCGAUUGUGAUGAACAACAAAAUAAUAAUGAUCUUUUGAACAAUAUUAAUCAACGGAAAGAGAUUAUCAUUGAAAUAAUGGAUGAUCUUCAAAUUAUUCUGGAUUGGAAUCAACCAGGUCGUCGAUUAUUAAUCAAAACUACCACUGAUGAAAUUAAUCAUCAAUCACCAAAAGCAAUUUUAUUAAUAUUAAGUGAUUUAUAUCGUAUUAUUGAUAAUGUUCGAUCCAAAGUAAAACGUUCCGAUCAAAAAUCAAAUCAUCAUCACCACAAACAAUUGAAAUUAUUACAACAAAAAAUCCGUUUCUAUAUAAGCUUCGCUAUAGAAAUGGGUCGAGAAAUUCAACGACAACAUUGGUUGGAUGCAUUGGAAUUUCACCGGGAAAAAUUACGACAAGAAAUCGAGCAAAUUCAUAAUCAGAUAAUCAAUGAUAAUGACGACGACGACGAUCAUCAACAACAAAAAGGAUUAAAACCACUGAUUGAAGAAAUCGGUUAAAUAGAAUUCUUUUUAUUCAUCAACGAGGGGAGAGAUGGGUUAAAUGGAAAAAUAAAAUUUAACAAGAAAAAAAAAAUAAAAUUCUGUUUUGUUUUUGUGAUAA